ACUAAAAUUUCUUCUGGGAUACUUUCUAGAACUGGUUUAGAAUUUUUCUCCAGAAAUUCCUACAGGAGUAGCUUCCCACAGUUUAUUUAUUUUCAGUUCAACGGGAAGCCCUCCUGAAGUUCCUGAGAGUGAGUCCAGGAGCUCCCCAGGCAUUCCUCCAGGGCACCCCCAAAAAAUACCAAGGGAAUUUCUUUAGAAUUAGCCCAAGAAUUCCUCCAGCAUUUGUCGUAGAAUCACCCUAGGAUUUUACUGGGAAUUUCUCCAUUAUAGCUCUGGAAAUUAAUGCAGGAGUUCUCCAGCAGUAAUGCAUGUGAUGAAGAAUGAAUUCGGAACUAAUGAAAAGUGAAUUUUACCGUAUCAGUAACCCUAACUUACUGACGAGAUGUGAUUGUGUGUAAGAAGAGCGCGCGUAGCGCACCUAGUGUGAUGUCCGAGAGUAGUGGUCAUCGGACAGUGUAUACAGUUAUGAGAUAGGUUGACGAACGAUAAAUUGUGAGCAGUUCUGGAGUCUCAAAUAUACCUCGGAACGAUCAAGAUAUCGUCAUAUUGUCGGUCGUGUGCGGGAAAAAUCCGUUAGUAGUCGUCCGUAGUUUUCGCCCGUGUUCGGUGAAGUAAAACGCGAAUAUCAAUAUAUUCCGAACAAACCUCAAGUCCGUAGUGCAAAGCCCAAAUGCGCGUGUGCAUCAAGUACAUCUUUACGAAGAAAGGUGACCGAGCAGUGAAAGUGCACCACGGUCCAGCAUCCAUCCAACUAACAACAACAUCCGUGGGUGAGCUCCAGCGUACAAGAUCUUCUGGGCCGUCUGCUACCAGACGGUGGAAAAUCCCUUCGACGAGGAACGGGUAAGCCCCAACAUUUGGUCCUUCGAGCCGGAUCGAAGGUUCCCCCGACCAGAAGGGCAGGUGCGGUGAGUACACCAUUCCGUUUUCCAUUGCUUUGCGACGCUGGCACAAUCCAUUGUGUUGACCAUUAGUUGAGGUCAAUAGCUAGUGCAUCCAAGCCAAGCCAAGCCAACCUAGGCUUUGUCGUUGCGAUUUGUAAGCGCGCAAAUUGUACAGUAGGCUCCAAACUAUUACGAUUUCCGACCGUUUGCUCUGGCGAAGCAACGGUGUGUUUGAUUGGGGGUAAUUUAUUACGAUAAAAUUGACCCAAAUUUUGCUGCAAUUUGAAUUUGAUUUUCAUUUGCAUGCAUUUUGGUGGUGGUGGGUGGUGAGUGAGUCGUCGCAUGAAUAGUACGCCCGCGCCGGGAAGGAUUUGUCCGUCGAUUGCGUACUAUUCUCGGGUUUCCGUCCGUGUAGAAAGUGGCACACCGCGACGGGAAGGAUUGAAACGUCCGAUUUGUGUCAUUUUCCGAUUUCGCGUCGCGUAGAAGACGGUACAACGCGCCGGGAAGGAGUCCGUUUUUCCGAUUUACGUACCGUUUUCCGUUUUCGUUUCCGCGCUGUCGAUCUGUGGUGGAGUGAAGAAAAAUGUCCAAACCGGCGGAGAAGAAGUUAGCCGAAUGCCUGAUGAGGCGGAAAGCAGUGAUGGUAGUGCAUGAUUCCGUUGAGGCGUUCAUCAAGAAGUUCGACGAUGACCAGGAUGUGUACCAGAUUCCGAUCCGUAUUGAGGCCCUCGACCGUGUUUACAGCGAGUUUCAAGAAGUGCAGUCCGACAUCGAGAAGUACGAUUCCCCCGAGAUGUUCGAUGAGCACUUGCAGGAGCGAGCAGCGUUAGAGUCGAGAUACUGCAAGGCCAAGGGAUUCCUGCUGAUGAAGCGAUCCACAGAUGCGAACCAAUCAACGUUGAACACCUCGACCUCCAAUGUCCAACAAGUUUCGGCCGGUUUUCACCUUCGAUUACCCAAGAUCGACCUCCCCCGAUUCGAUGUAGAUUUUUCUCGGUGGCUUUCCUUCCGUGACACGUUCACUUCGAUGGUCCAUUCCAAUGCGGACAUCCCAACGGUAGCGAAGCUACAAUAUCUCCUGCAGUCACUGGAAGGAGAAGCCCACAAGCCAUUUGAGUCGGUUGAUAUAGAAGCGGACAACUAUGCGUCGACUUGGGACGCUCUACUGAAACGCUACGACAACAAGCGUUUCCUGAAGCGUCAACUAUUCCGAGCCCUGUAUGACCUCCCACCACUGAAGAAAGAAUCCCCGAAGGAGCUGCAUGAUCUGGUUGACGACAACCAGCGGCAUGUCAAGGCGCUAGCGAAGUUGAAUGAACCAGUAAUCCAUUGGGACACUCCGUUGAUCAACCUGCUGAGCUACAAGCUGGAUCCUACAACCCCCCGAGCUUGGGAGGAGAAAACGAGUAGCUCCGAUAACGUCACCUUGGUCGAUUUUCUGUAUCAGCGGGUCCGAAUGUUGAAGUCCGUUGUCACCGAUCUGCAGCAGCGAUCCUGUCUACCCGGCCAAGUCAAGGUGGCCGGUCCCACAAACUCCCAGAAGAAGCCAUUCAAGAUGGUAUCCAAUUCCGCCACGACCGAAUCCAGAUCCUACGCUCCGAGCUGUAUAGCGUGUCCUGAAAGCCAUUUCCUAUUUCAAUGUCCAGCAUUUUCCAAAAUGUCUGUUCGCCAGCGCCGUGAGCUGGUAUCACAGAAGCGCCUAUGCUGGAAUUGCUUCCGUUCUGGACACCAAGGUCGGAAUUGUACUUCAAAGUACGAUUGCCGAAGUUGUCAUCAAAAGCACCAUACCCUCCUACACGAAACCCUCGCCGCAAAGAGUUCAUCCGCUCCCGCCGUCGUAUCUGGCCAAUCACCCCUGUGGUAUUUUGAGAUCCUCACUUCUUGACAGGUUGACUAAUAACGGCUCUUCAAACAUCACGGCCUACUUGGCAGUAUUAUAAAUUACCACAUCUCUUUUUCUUCCAAGUGAAGUGAGAGAAAGUUUCCAAAGAUGUUCCCAAACAUCUUUGACAACAUUCGCGUGCACAUAACUAAAGUAUACUGUACAGCACACUACUUUUCCAAAUACUCGUUGAUGCCGUUGGUGUUCUUUUCAAUAGUAUGUUGAGCACAUAUCCUUAACGACUGCCUCACUCAUCAGCAAAUGAUUCACUUCAUCUAGUUUCAUUUACCUACACUCGAUCUUCGAGGUUUUAUCAAGUAACUGUAACACUCUGAUCACUUUAUAAGUUCCACAGCAUUCUAUUUCCACCGGACAUGGUAGAUGUCAUCUACCACCCUAACCGAUUCCUUCAAGAAUGAGCUUUUACUUCCUCCAACACAACGCUACGGAAACUUCCUUUCGAGGCGAGGAGCUUCUCUACCCAACUUCCACCGAAUUCAAUUGUUGUUACCACCGACCACCGGACCCGACAGAUCGUAUCUGCCGCUACGGUUGCUCUUUUAUAAGGUGAGCAUUCUUAGCGCUGGACCCAACGGAUCGUAUCCGUCGCUUCAGCAGCUCCCUUCGAAAGGCGAGCUUUUUGACAACUACCGGACCCAACAGUUCGAAACUGCCGCUUCGGUUGCUCCCUUCUAGGUGAGCAUUAUCUCGCUGGACCCAACGGAUCGAAUCCAUCGCUUCAGCAGCUCCCUUCGAAAGGCAAGCUUUUUACGACUACCGGACCCGACAGUUCGAAAUUGCCGCUUCGGUUGCCUCCUUCUUAGUUAGGCAUUCUAUCGCUGGACCCGAUGGAUCGAAUCCAUCGCUUCAGCAUCUAGCUCCCUUUUACAGGAACUCCCUCUUGAGGCGAGCUAUUUCUUUUCGCCUGCACCGGCCAGAUUUUCAUCCACCGGUGAGGCACCUUGCCCUCUUCUGUCUGACCCGAUCAGAUACUAUCCGUCGGGAUCAGACAGUACAUAUUUACCAUUGAUAAUUAUUAUUCCAAAUCAAAUUCCAAUGUGCUUCGAUUUUCUACGCUGGGUUCUUGUUGGUCGUCGCCAAUGUGGUAUUUUGAGAUCCUCACUUCUUGACAGGUUGACUAAUAACGGCUCUUCAAACAUCACGGCCUACUUGGCAGUAUUAUAAAUUACCACAACCCCAACAACCGAAUCUAGCCCCGUCGACUGCCGUCGAGCCUUCCGGGUCAGCGAACCCAAAUCCUCAAGUUAGCUUGGCGGUACAGUCAUACCAAUCCACCGUCCUGCUGGAAACGGUUACCAUCCUUGUUGUGGACCAGAACGGCAUGGAGCAUUCCGCUCGUGCACUGCUUGAUUCGGGUUCGAUGUGCAGUUUCAUUACGAAGAAACUGGCCAACGCUUUGAAUCUCCGCCGUACGAAAGUAGACGUUGCCGUAUCUGGAAUCGGCGAUUCCUCCAAGCAGAUCAAACGCAAGCUGACUGCUACUAUUAAGUCCAAGCUGCUUUCGUACACUACCUCUGUCGAAUUCCUGAUCCUCAGAAGACCAACCGUAUGCUUACCAACCACUCCGAUUGAUAUAUCCUCGUGGAAAUUCCCCAAGAUUCCGUUAGCCGAUCCACGUUUCCACGUCCCCGCCGACAUCGACAUGGUUGUCGGUGGAGAAAUCUACCACGAAUUGCACACUGGCAGCAAGAUAUCACUCGGCGAAGGACAGCCUAUUUUCGUCGAGACUGUCUUCGGAUGGACUGUGUCAGGGAAAGUAUCCAUCAUAUCUCCGCAAAUUCCGCGAGUCUGUCAUCUCACCACUGUGGACCGGAACCUAGAACAAGCCCUGCAGAAGUUCUGGGAACUGGAAGCCGUUGACACGUGUUCCAAGUUCACGGCCGAAGAAAAUAUCUGUGAAGAACUGUAUGCCACUACCACCACUCGCGAAUCGUCGGGUCGUUACGUCGUUUCCUUACCACUCACCCGCGAUCCGCUCGUCACUCUCGGUGAAUCUCGAUCAAUCGCCGAACGCCGCUUUCUCAGCCUUGAAAAACGACUUGAGCGAGAUCCAACCACCAAGGAGGCCUACUGUCGCUUCAUGGAAGAAUACGAAGCCCUAAACCACAUGGUGAAGCUCGUGGAUCCAAUAGACGAUACCCUGCCACAUUGCUAUCUUCCGCACCAUCCGUUGUUCAAAGAAUCCAGCACCACAACGAAGGUCCGAGUCGUCUUUGACGCCUCGUGUAAGACGGCGUCCGGAUUUUCCGUGAACGACCUACAGUUAGUUGGACCCGUCGUUCAGGAUGAUCUAUGGUCGAUCCACAUCCGUUUCCGCAGUCACCAGAUUUCACUCGCAGCCGAUGUCGAGAAAAUGUAUCGGCAAAUCCUGAUCCAUCCUCGUUACCGUCGAUAUCAACGCAUCCUCUGGCGUUCCAAUCCAAGCCAACCGAUUACUACGUACGAGAUGCAAACCGUUACGUAUGGAUUCGCAUCCGCUCCAUUCUUGGCAACCCGAACCGUUGUACAGAUCGCCCAAGACUCGGCCGAACAGUAUCCUGCCGCAGCGCCGAAAGCCUAGAAGGAUUUUUACGUGGAUGACUUUAUGUCUGGGUCUGACGAUGUUGAAUCCG